GUGUUUAACUAACUUAGAAAUCUGUGAAGCAAUAUUUAGCAGCCAUAUGUGCUAACCGUCGCUGGUUUCAGAUAAUCCAGCAGUGUUACCUGUGCUGGCUGUCUCUCCUCGCGGCUGGCGACUCUGGCUGAGAUUGUCAACGAGCUUUGUAGAGAAGCAAGGUGAAAGGAGUCUGGCGCCAUGGUGCCAUCUACCAAGUCCUGCCACAGGCUGCUCCUCGUGCCCAUCACUUGCAUGUUCGCCAUCUUCUUUGUGUGGUCCGCGAAGACCGAUAUAGACAAGAAAGAGUCGAAGUUAUCUGCAAUCUUCACUCGCCUUAGAAGGCCAUUGGAUAUUUUUCUCUUCGAUUAUGAAGGAAAUGAGACUACUGAUGGAUACGCAGUGUAUACCAAUGACGUGCAAGACGAUGGUGUAGAUGAAGCUUUUCUACGUGAAAGAGAAAAGGUGUACAGCAAGAGACAGCUGCUUGUGGAGGAGACAUGUAAGAAGCUGGGUCCUAACGUUACCUAUCGCUCCUUAAAGAAUGUACCGCUCAGACGUCUACGCUGGCUCAAUGCCCGCCACCUUAUUAUGUGUGUUAAUGCGAAGGUAGGUACAAGUAGCUGGAGCCAUUACCUUAUAGACGUUGCCAAACCAGGCUUAUCGUCCAAGAUGAGGGACAUGCAUCCUGCUGCAGUUCGGUAUCUCGUCCCCCCUUUCAGUCGUAAGAGCCCAGAGUCCCUGAACCUGAUAAAUGAAUACAAGAAGAUCAUGAUAGUGAGACACCCGUUCGCUCGUGUUGUGUCGGCUUAUCUAAACAAGAUAGUCGGAGGUAGAGGGCAUUGGUUUCGAUUGUCAAGAAAAAUCAUCAAAAAAUAUCGGCCGCAGUCUUCGUCGUUGACAUCUGAAAUAUCCAGCUUCGAGGAGUUCGUCAAAUAUUUGGUAGAAGACAUUCCCAUCAAUGACGACAUCCAGCGGAAGUAUCAUAAUACGCAAGACAUUCACUGGAUGCCCUUCUACGCCAACUGUGCCCCUUGUAAUAUCCAUUACGAUGCCAUUCUCAACAUGGAAUCCAUCGGUGACGACACGAGGUACAUAAACCAUAAGUUCCGUCUGGGCUUGAAACAAACACUGCAAAAAAAACCAUGCACCCAACUCAUCGGAGUCCAUCGCUCCCAAAUUUUUCAAGGCUUUGCCCAGGGAACUCACCAUGGCGCUCUACCAGAGAUACCGCGUCGAUUUCGAAAUGUUUGGGUACAGCAUCCAUUCAUACCUCAAAGAAACAUAACCUUCAGAUGCAGACUGCCACGGUAACUGUGCACAGCGUCGCCAUUGUCCUUGUGGAAAACUAAAGUGUGAUUUACCUGGAUUUUAUGUAAUUUAGCUUGUAAAGUUUUAUAAAUUUUAAUCUAAUCUUCAGAAAAAAUAUUUACAAUGUUUCCCACAAAAAGUUGACCUCAAAAUUAUGACCAUGUGGAAUAGAAAAACACUAAUGGAUUGGUUCUCGGCCUAAAAACAUGUCACAUUAGUUUAACAUAAUCAUAAUGGUGGAGCUCAGUGGUUAGUGUCGAGGCAUCAUGCGCUGAAGACUGUUAAAAUUCAUGAGAUCAAUAAGCUAGCAAAAUAGGCUGAGGAUUGCAGGUAUACUUAAACGCAGAGAAAUACACUGGCUGUUAUGCAAAUCUAAAUUUCAAAUAUCGUACCCGAGAGAGAGAGAGAGAGAGAGAGAGAGAGAGAGAGAGAGAGAGAGAGAGAGAGAGAGAGAGACCGAUCUCAAAACUGCAUGAAAGAUUUUAAAGACGAUUUCAGUAAGAGUGAGGCGAUGAGUAACAAAACAAAAUACUGUGUAGUCUGUCAUUCGAGUAAGAAUUAAAGACAUGGUAUGUUUCUAUAAACGAAGGAUCAGAAGAGAUUCAGUUGAAGCUUUCAAAAUAUCAAAAGGAUAAAAAAAAAAAAUCACACGACAACAGGAAAUUUAUUAACGUAGAGAGGCGAUGUGACACACACAAUGAAUAAAGUACUUUAAUAUUGAAAUUACUGACAACUGGAAUAGCCUUAUCAUAAAAUGCUUGCACGACAACUCUACGUAAAAACUGACGAGAGAUAUAAGUUUACUAACAAGAAAUCGUAAUUGAGUCGUUCGUGCUUCCGAUGAGAGAUGUGCACCAUGGCUUCACGUUACCAUUGUCUCCCUUGGGGACUGAAAGUUGCAUCAUCCUUCAUAUUGUACCUUGGCGAUCCAAAGUUGUCUACCGUGCAACAACAAAAAAUAAAUGAAUAAAUAAAUGAAUGAAUAAAAAAACAAAUAGAAAUAAAUAAAGAAAGAAAGAAAAAGGUUCUAUGAUAACUCUAAACACCACACCUUCACAAACACCGUAAACACUAUCCUUCACAAUACUCCCCACAGUGUUCUAACUCUUACACAUGUGCAGUAGUAAACCAAUCAACACACCCACACAUGGUACACAAGUGUCUCCUCCGUAACAUCACUAUAAUCCGCGAAGCCUCUCCAAUGUGAAGCUUCUCUGCAGACACACAUGGAGACAGAGCAUCAGAUAUAACAGUUUAUAUAUGAGAGUAUUAAAAAGACGCAUACAUAAGAAACAAACACGCAUUUCUCACACAAGUGGCUUAUCGGGGCUGAAAAGCAAACUCGGUACUUACAAUUACGUCUGUGCCUAGGACAUGAAUCGGGUGUUGUGUGUAAUGAAAUCCUGGCGUGUGUCCCAUGAAGGUGAGUAUUCUAAUAUCAAGUAUAUAAUGGUGGUUGUUAUCAGAUUUGCUUGGGAAAAUCUUAAUGCCCUGCUAAUUAUGUUCAUUUAUCAGUUGCCACAGGGAUCAGUUUUAGGGCCAUUAUUAUUUCAAAUAUAUAUUAAUGAUUUAGAUAGGGGAAUGAGUAGUAGUAUCAAUGAAUUUACAGAUGACACAAAGAUAGGUAGAUUAAUUACAUCAGAUUCGGAUGCCACUACUUUGCAAACCGAUUUGGAUAGGAUGAACAAGUGGACAGACAAAUAGUAAAUGCAGUUUAACAUUAACAAAUGCAAGGUGCUUAGCGUAGGUAGAGGAAAUCCACACAAUAGGUACCUCACUGCAUGCACAAGGCUUUCUUCUUCCUCUCACCCCUAUUCUGUCUAAUUCUCUAAUGCAAGAGUUAACCAGUACUCUCAAUCUUUCAUACGUUUUCUGGUAAACUCUGCAACUCCCUGCCUGAGUCUGU